CCCCCCCAAAGCCUGCUGCCGCUGCUCGCGCCGCUGCUUCACGUCGCUGUUCACAUCAAAAAACCCGGCACGAAUGGGGAGGGGGCUACCCUUUAGCUCCCUCUUCUACACCACUAACUCGGCCCAAGACAGCCCCCCGCCGUCACCACCGCCUGCCACAGUCACCACCCCACCUGCGUGGAUGUGGCCUUCUUGCAAGCACCCAAGAACCCAGUCCUUCCGCACCCCAUCCGCCGCCGCCAAGACCAUCGCGUCCCUCUUCAUCGACUCCGCCGAGUCCUCCUUCGCCAACUCCUCCGCGCGCACGCACCACGUCGACUGCGCGUCCGACAGCCUGUCCACCGAGUCCGACGAGGUCUCCGCGGCCGCGGCCGCCGACGACAUGGCCGAUGCCAUCGUCCGCGGCCUCCGCUCCGACCGCCUCCUCUUCGAGCCCCGCGCGCCCUCCAGCUCCAUCCUUGAGAGGAAGCCUCCGGCGCACGCGCACGGCGAGGGCAAGGCGUCUUCGACCUUCGGCGGCGGCGUGGCGGUGGCGUUCGAGUCGGCCGACCCAUACCGGGACUUCCGGGCGUCCAUGGAAGAGAUGAUGGCCGCGCACGGCGCGGGCAACUGGGACUGGCUCGAGAAGAUGCUCGCGUGGUACCUCAGCGCCAACUGCAAGGACACCCACCCCGCCAUCGUCACCGCGUUCGUGGAUCUCGUCGUCUCCAUGGUCUCCGCCGGCUGUGCCUCCAGCUCCUCUCGCGUCUCUUCUUUCACGCUUGCCGGUAGCGAGCCAGCAGCCGAGAGCAGUAGCGCUGGCGGCCAUUUCUCUUUCGGCCUGAGGUAAACCAAACCAGCCGCCUCAGGCUCAUCUCAACUCCAUCCAUCGUCAUGUCCUGUUGCAGCAACCGUUAAUUUUGCUGUGUGAGGUGUAGCAGCUGAUCCAGAUUGAUUCAUUUAACGUGUAAUAGCCCACGAUUAAUUCAUGGAUCAUCAUCCUAAACUAGCUUGGUCCAUGGUUCGUUCGUAUUUGUUGUGGUGUACUGCUUCGUAGAUCGAUCACUACCCCUAGCCAGGA